AUGGAGAAACGGAAAAGAGGAAGACCCACGAAGAAUAUUAAGCCUUUGAUUUCUGAAGAAAAAGGAAAACACGCCGUCGCCGGAACUUCCUCACCGGUCAGCCGGCGGCGGCCGGAGUUCUUCAAGCUCUUCCUUUCUGAUCGGAGCUCUCAACAACUUGUUUUGCCUAAGGACUUUAGUAGAAAAUAUGGGGAGAAUAUGAAAGAAAGAAGCAAAAUUAAGGACUUGUGUGGGAAUGUUUGGGAUGUAUGUGUUGAAAAGAGUGAAGAUGGAGUUGUUAUUUUCAUUGGAAAAGGAUGGGAAGAUUUCAUAAAAUAUCAGUCUCUGAAGAAUGGGUAUUUCUUGAUAUUCAUAUAUGAUGAUGAAGGGGACUCUUCAUUUACUGUCAAAGUAUUCACUACAAAUGGCUGCAAGAAAUCAGUGCCUAUGACUAUACAAAAAAAUCAAGGAAGAGACCAUGUCAUAUACAAGUAUUAG